AUGGCGUACUCGAUGCGGGAGAAAGACCCUAGAGACUUUCAACCCUCACCAGCAUCAGCUCAAGCAAGAUUCGAUCCCACGUUGAAUGCUUCCUCGGCCUCGCUUGCCCAACAGCACUUCCCAGCCAAGUAUUUCCGGUCACGGCGGAAACCCCAAGGUGAAAUCGAAAAGCCAUGGCUAGAGAAAAAGGACCCUCGACAGAAAUGGUUGACUCUUUUCCCUUUGAUCGGGCUCAUCAUCGGCUUCAUUCUGUCAGGAUAUCUUGUGUAUGACGGCCUUGCUUCUGUGGAAACACCGGAGUACUGCUCGGUCUAUGAAGAUGAUUUCGCUGGCGGGUUCGAUGAAAAGAUUUGGACAAAAGAAGUCGAAGUCGGUGGUUUUGGCAACGGUCAAUUUGACCAGACGACCAACACAGACGAAAACGUCUUUGUCAAGGACGGCAUACUCACCAUCAAACCUACUUUGCAAGACCAACACUUGAUCGAAACCAACAAUGUCAUCAAUUUGACCGCCAGUGGACUGUGCACAAGUGAUGAAUGGAACAGUUGUGUCGUCAGCACCAACACUACCAAUGGCACCAUUGUGAACCCUGCAAAAAGUGCCCGAAUCAACACCAAGAAGGGCGCUACAAUUCAAUAUGGCCGAGUCGAAGUCGUUGCGAAAAUGCCCCGGGGUGACUGGCUUUGGCCAGCGAUAUGGAUGUUGCCUGCGAACAACACCUAUGGCCCCUGGCCGAUGAGCGGAGAGAUUGACAUCGCUGAAUCGCGAGGCAACAACUGGUCGUAUCCGAUGGGAGGCGAUAACAUCGUCAGCUCCACGCUUCAUUGGGGACCCGACAUCGCCAACGAUGGCUGGUGGAGGACAAAUUCCCGGCAGCACGCUUUGCAUACCACUUAUACUGAGGGCUUCCAUACGUACGGCCUCGAAUGGACGCCCGAUUACCUUUAUACGUACAUCGACACUCGUUUGAUGCAAGUGUUGUACACCAAAUUCAAGAAACCGUUCUGGCAGCGUGGCGACUUUCCGCUAUCGGACACCAAUGGCACUGCCUUCGUUGAUCCUUGGUCACAAACGGGAGUCGAUGCGACACCGUUUGACGAGCCGUUCUUCUUGAUAUUGAAUGUGGCAGUCGGAGGCACCAACGGGUGGUUUCAAGAUGGUAAGGGAGGCAAGCCAUGGGUCAAUCAAUCGCCCACGGCAAGGAAAGAUUUCUGGGACGCCAAAGACCAGUGGUAUCCAACGUGGCAAGAUAACAACGAAAUGCAAAUCAAGAGCGUCAAGAUGUGGCAGAGGAAAGGAUUUGGUUCCUGCAAAUGA